AUGACUGAGUCAAAGCCGUCUUAUAACACCCUUGAGGAAAACCCUGAAGAGGUUGUGGUGGACUAUGAAAGUGAAACCGCCACGUCGAGUAUCUACUACCAUCCUCCAGAUACGCCAACGGCGCGUGACACCACGCAUGUAGCGCCUGAUGCAUUCGUGGAUCGUGAGGAGGUACCUUUACCCCUUGCACUGCGUGCAGCCUUCGACCCUACUUUGAGUGUGUUGCACAACACGCUUGGUUAG